CUAAUCUUCUGGGAAGAAAUUGGUUCGCGCCUCUUGGGUUGAACAUUAGCGGAAUUAACCAUAUUUCGGGGUCGUGCGUCGGAAGUGCGUUUCUGGAAGAAUUUCCUGAAGUCUUCGACGAGAAAAUAGGCACUUAUCGUGGACCUCCUGUAUCAUUUGUUUUGAAUCCGAGCGUACAGCCAACGGUGUUAAAACCUAGAAAAGUUCCGUUCGCGUUGCGCGAUAAGGUCGACCAAGAACUUGAUCGUCUAGUGCAGCAGGGAGUUUUGGAACCGGUGGCGCAUCCGAAGUGGGGAACACCAAUAGUUAUUGUAUCAAAAAACGACCAUGAAAUCCGAAUUUGUGGUGAUUAUAGGAGUACAAUAAAUCGUGCGUUAACAACAAACAAUUAUCCAGUACCGGUUGUACAAGACAUUCUUUCCGAGUUAUCCGGCGGGAAAGUGUUCGCUAAAUUGGACAUGGCACACGCUUAUUUACAAUUAAGUGUGGAUAACGACGCCGCGGAUGCACAGACAAUUGUAACUUAUAAAGGAGCGUUUAGGUGCAAGAAAUUACAAUUCGGGGUAUCAAUAGCUCCACAAGUGUUCCAACAAUUUAUUGACAAUAGAUUGCGCGGAAUUUCGGGCGUGAUUCCAUAUUUUGACGAUAUCUUAAUAGUCGGAAAGUCUGAUACAGAUCUCGAAGCAAAGGUGCGUGCGGUUCUUCUGCGAUUUAAAGAAGACGGACUUCGAUUAAAAAAGAGAAAGUGUGUUUUCCGUACGGAAUGUUUAAAUUUCCUGGGGUUUCACAUAAGUGCGGCCGGGGUUCGUCCCACUAAAGACAAAAUAAACGCUAUCGUGAAUACGCCGGCUCCUGCGAACAAAACAGAAUUACAAGCAUUCCUAGGUCUUGUAACCUUCUAUCACAGUUUUAUCAAAGACAAAGCUUCAAUAGCCGAAGCCCUACACAAAUUACUCCAUAAAGACGUUGAUUUUAAGUGGGGUGCCGAGCAAAACAAUGCUUUUAAAAAGUUGAAAGACAUCCUCGCGAGUGAACCACUUCUAGUUCACUAUAAUGAGAACAAUCCAUUAAUUUUGACAUGUGACGCAAGUGCGUACGGGGUGGGUUGCGUGUUGAGUCAAUUGCAAUCAUCGGGUCGCGAAGCACCUGUUGCGUACCACAGCAGAACCCUAUCAUCGGCUGAACGCAAUUACGCGCAAAUUGACAAGGAGGCGCUAGCAAUAGUGGUACGUGUCAAAAAAUUCCACAAUUACCUUUAUGGUCGACAUUUUCGUAUAAAAACCGAUCAUAAGCCGUUACUGGGUAUUCUUCGGGCGGAUAAGGCUAUUCCUGAAGUGUUAUCACCACGUUUUGUCAGAUGGGUGAUAAUGUUAUCGGCUUAUUCGUAUGAUCUGUCCUAUACACCAGGGAAAAAGAUUGGCCAUGCGGACGCGCUUAGCCGAUUUCCCAUAAAAGAUACGUCCGGAGAAAAAGAAAAUAUCGCUGAUGUAUUAGUACUAGAAUGUGCUCCAGAACAGAUCCUGACUGCCGACGAGGUGGCACAGGAAACAACCAAAGAUGCAAUUUUGAACAGAAUCCUCCAAUGGGCAAGAAAUGGAUGGCCAAAAAAUAACAAAGACUUCGGUAAUGAAUUUCAGCCAUUUUUAAAAAGAAAACAUGAAAUUUCUUGUUAUCUCGACUGUCUUUUGUGGGGAACCAGAAUAAUUGUUCCAACCGGAGGGAGGAAAAGGGUAACCUUACAUACAGCUCAUCCCGGAAUAGUGCGAAUGAAGGCUUUAGCGAGGUCGUACGUUUGGUGGCCAGGGCUGGAUGACGACAUCGAAAGGUUGGUCAACACUUGCGAAGAGUGCCAACAAACAAGAAACGCUCCGCCUAAAGCGCCUUUACAUCCAUGGGAGUGGGCUAGAGCUCCAUGGUCAAGACUGCAUCUAGAUUUCGCCGGACCUGUAAAGGGGAAAUAUUUCCUCAUCAUAGUGGACGCUUACUCUAAGUGGUUGGAAGUGAGACAGGUGGGAGGACCUUCCACUGCGGAAACAAUAAGGGUUCUACGCGAACUAUUUGCAACACAUGGUAUCCCGGAUGUUUGCGUCUCUGACAAUGGUACAGCUUUCACAUCGAUAGUUGGUAGGUAUAGUCGAUAGGUGGCUCCGUAUCAUCCGAGCAGUAAUGGGCAAGCCGAAAGGAUGGUGCAAGAUUUUAAAAUGGCCUUGAAAAAGAUGCCGGAAGAUAGCCUAGACAAAGUGUUGGCAAGAUACCUCUUGACACAACACAUAACCCCGCAUACAACGACAGGAAGAGCUCCAUCGGAGUUAUUGAUGGGAAGAAGACUCACUUGUCUACUGGAUAGAGUACAUCCGAAUUUUAGCAAAAAAAUGAAGGAAAAACAAGAAGAUCAGUGCUCAACAGCAGCCCCAAGACGCUUCAACAGCGAUGAUCCCAUUUUUAUAAGAUCAUACACAGCACAACAGAAGUGGGAACCUGCCACCGUAGCUGAAGCGACGGGACCACUGAGUUAUAAAGUACUUACUCCGGAAGGUAAGCUCUUAAAGAGACACUCUGAUCAAAUAAGAGAUAGAGAACUAUCAGAAGAGAUGAAACCUGAGGCAGAUGGAAGUUUACACAGUCCGACUGAUUCCGAGGAUGCAGAUGUGCCACAACGGAGUACAGAAGACGAGGUAGCUGAGACACCCACGCCAAGACCUUCCAGGAUAAGGAAGCUUCCUCUCAGAUUGAAAGACUUUGAUUUACGGAUGGUGCGCGAAUCUUCCUUGGAGGGAGGAGUGUAA